AUGUCCAAAAAUGACGCCCCUCUUCCCUUCACCUCUGCCCGCCCCCUCCCCACCCGCCAGCAGACCACGGGCACUCUCAAACGGGGCAAGACCCUCACCCGCCCCGAACGCCACAUCGCCCCCGCCCCCCUCAUCGCGCCCCCCGAAGCCUACGCAACCACCGCCCCCGCCUCUUCCACCACCCUCGACUGGUGGCGCCUCUGGUCCUACGCGACCACCUUUUGGGCCCCGCCCGUCGUGCUGGGCUGGUUUGGCAUAAAGGAGCAGCAGAGCAGACAGGCAUGGCGGGAGAAGGUGACGCUGUGCUGGAUAGCGGUGGUGAUGGGGGGAAUAGUAGGCUUCGUGACGAUGGGGCUGCAGAGAGCGCUUUGCCCGGAGGAUCAGCAGAACAAUAGCUCGUUUCUACGGCUAGGAGAGACCGACUUGACCGUCAGUAUAUCUGGCUGGGCGUUCAACAUCUCUUCCUCCCUCACCCAAGACGACGUCGACUUUUACUCCCUCUCUACCCAGAUGCCAGGGCAAGACGUCACAAACCUUUUCAUUCGAAACCUCACCGACUUUCCCUCCUGUACCUCCGACCUUCGCUACUCCACCACCCCCCUCUGUGCAUCCUCACCUGUCACCGGCAUCACCGAGAACGGUACUCUCCAAGCCUGCCCCCUCGCCAAGCUCUCAGACACCGUCCUCUCCGACCUCAACGUCCAGAAUACCUCUCUACAAGAAGGCUACAGCUGGGACCAGGUCUCGGCGCUGGACGACUACAUGGUGCUCGACGGCUUCGUGCUAAACAUGUCCCCUUAUCUCGAGGCCAACCCCACGGCGAUCGAGGGCGACGUCGUCGACGCCAUCAUCCGCCAAAUGACGUCCAACCAAAGCACCUCCGGCAAAGACACCACCCGCCUCUUCUACAACACCCCCACCGCCCGCGAAGCCAUCUCUUGCCUGCAAGAACGCUACUCUGCGGGAAAGAUUGACAAAAUCACCCCCGGCUGCUUUGUCGCGAGCCUGUUCCUGUACGUCUCGCUGGGGGUGAUCCUGUCGGUGGUGUUUGUGAGGUUUGCGAUGGCGUGCGUGUUCAACUGGUUCUUGUCCGCAAGACUGGUAUUGCCGCCGAAGAAUCUCUCGCGAACGGCCAUCAGCCCGGCAGUCAUGCCCGAAGGCGCCAACGUCUCUGUCAACAACCGCUCGGGUACCGCGCCGUGGGCUGGCGGCGCCGCCGUCCCCACCAAAAACAAACUCAACAAACUCGGCAAACCUUCCCCCUCCCGCGGCCCUUCCCCUUCCCCUUCCCCCACCACCACCCGCCAAAACACAAACAACCCCCUCAUCUCCCUCUCCCGCGUCGGCGCCGAACUCUUCGCCGUCUGCCUCAUCACCUGCUACUCUGAGGGCGAAGACUCCAUCCGCGGCACCAUGGAGUCUAUCGCCGCUACCAACUACAGCGACGCGCGCAAGCUCAUCUAUGUCGUCUGCGACGGCAUGAUCACGGGCGCGGGGGAGAAGAGGAGUACGCCGGAUAUCUGUGUGGGGAUGUUGGAUGCGGAUCCGAGGUUUGGGAACCCGCAGCCGAUGGGGUAUAUUGCGGUGGGGAGUGGGGCGAAGAGGGAGAAUCGGGCGAUGGUGUAUGCGGGGCAUUAUGUCACGCGAAACGGCCAUCGAACCCCCACCCUCAUCAUCGUCAAAUGCGGCAUGCCCUCCGAAGCUCACGAAAAAAAACCCGGGAACAGAGGAAAGCGAGACUCGCAGCUCGUCCUCAUGAACUUUUUCUCCCGGGUCACCUACAAUGACAGGAUGACGCCGUUGGAUUUCGACAUGUUUAGAAAGGUGCAGACGAUGAUGGGCGUGACGCCGGAUUACUUUGAGGUCGUCUUGAUGGUCGACGCCGAUACGCGCGUCUAUCCCGAUUCGCUCAAACACCUCGUCAACUGCAUGCACCACGACAACAUGAUCAUGGGCGUCUGCGGCGAGACGCGUAUCGCCAACAAACGCCAAUCCUGGGUCACCGCCAUCCAAGUAUUCGAAUACUUUAUCUCCCACCACCUCGUCAAGGCUUUCGAAUCCGUCUUUGGAGGUGUGACGUGUCUUCCCGGGUGCUUUUCGAUGUACCGGAUCAAGGCGAGGAGGGAGGAGGAUAAUGAUUGGGUGCCGAUCUUGGUCAAGCCCGAGAUUGUGAAUGAGUAUUCGCAAUGCGAGGUCGAAACCCUGCACGAAAAGAACCUCCUGCUCCUGGGCGAAGACCGUUUCCUCUCCACCAUCAUGCUCCGCACCUUCCCCCGGCGCAAAAACAUGUUUCUCCCCCAGGCCCGCUGCCGCACCGUCGCCCCCGAUACCUUCUCCGUCCUCCUCUCCCAGCGUCGACGGUGGAUCAACUCGACGGUGCACAACUUGAUGGAGCUCGUCCGCGUGAGGAACCUGUGCGGGACGUUUUGCUUUUCGAUGCAGUUUGUCAUCUUUAUGGACCUCGUCGGCACGGUCGUCUUGCCCGUCGCCAUCUGCCUUACGAUAGCGCUCAUCGUCAGCUCGAUCAUCACCCCGCCCACGAGCUUUGAAGAGGCGAUCCCGUUGUUGCUGUUGGCGGUCGUAUUGGGUCUGCCGGCGAUUUUGAUAUUGAUCACGACGCGAAAGGUGAUUUAUGUGGCUUGGAUGUUGGUGUAUCUGCUGGCGCUGCCUAUAUGGAAUUUCGUCUUGCCCGUCUAUUCGUUCUGGCAUUUCGACGACUUUUCUUGGGGUGAAACUCGAAAAGUCGAAGGCGAAACGGUCGGCAAAGGCCACGACGACAGCACCGCCGUAUUCAUGGGCACCACCAUCCCCCUCCGUCGCUGGGAAGACUGGGAGAAAUCGCGGCUCCGAAAAAUCCGCCGAGAAGAGAAACGGAGGAGGGAUAUGGAACGGCAAUUCGGCGCAGGCUUCCACGGCGGUCCGAAAUCGCCCAACGGCAACGCGCCCAACGGCGGCGGCGGCGGAGGCGGAGGGGGAGGGCUUGGGGCGAAUCUGGGUGUGGGAGGGCCAAAGGCGUGGACGAGGAGCGAGUAUGAUAGCGAUAGUGGGAGUGUGUUUAGUAGCGAGGAAGAUAUGUGGGGAGGGGAAGUUGGUGGGUAUAACGAAAACAACCCGUCUUUCCCCCCACCGCCUAUCGCGCUUCCUCCCAAUAGCCCAGCUGCCGGUCCCGGCGAGACGAUCGGCAUGGACGAAAUGGCCGCCAUGCUCGACUCUGGCUUUGACGAUACCGCCGCCCCUCCCCCCCGCACCCUCCGCCCGCUCAAGAACCCCACUUCCCCUCUCCACCGCCACCAACACGACUUCAACACUCCUCCCGCUGCUCAAAUGCGAUUCAACCUCUCCGACACGCAGCCUGGGUCGUAUGUCUCGAUAGACAGGCAAGGCGAGGAAGGGGAGGGGCAGAUGCCGGUCAGUGGGGGGAGUGUGAGUUCGAGUGUGGAGAGUCGGCCGCAGGGAGGAGGGCAUGCGAAGAAGAGGAGCGGGGGGGCUGGGAAGGGGUAUGGGCCGUUGGGACCGUUGGACGAGAGGAGCUACCCCGGAGGUAGGGGGAGAUAG